CCGCCGUCCACACCCUCCUCCCCAUCGCUACCACUCCCGACCGUCGUCGCCCACCACGGUCUGCUAGAGCCCACCCGUCUAAGGGCGCCUCGGCGUUUCUCGCAGUGCUCAUUCGAAGUAAAGUAAAGCAAAAAGCAUCCAACAACGAACCCCAGCCAACUUCUAGUCAUGUUCGCAUUGCUCUUCGCUACUUUCCUCGCUGCCGUCGUCCUCCUCUCCCUCCGCAUUCCGUCUGUCUGGCUCUCCCUCAUCGCCCAUGAUGAGGCCAUGGACGCCCACGAGCUCGGUUUAGCCUUGGUUGCUACGCGAAAUCCAUUCCGUGAAAGCGGGCCCCCAGCCUGCAUGGCAAAGCUCAUAAUGCUCCGACACAAGCUGAACCAAACGACCGCCCGUAAACGUCGUCCAUCCAAUACCAUGGUCGUCCGCCAGGCUCCUCGUCUUCACGCGCAUUCGCUCCCCCACGUCCAACCACGGCAACGUCCACCAGUGCCAUGGGUCCGCAUCCCGAGAAACUUCGGGAAGCAGCAUCAUUGACGCCCACGAUACCUCGACUGGACUCCUCGACGACCGGCCUUUCUCCGACAUAUACAUAUAUAUACAUUGUACCCCACACCACCACCGCCUUCUGCAUCGACUCAGAAACACCAGACCUACCUCCCUCGCUCGCCCCUUGUCAUUUGCUCCGGUUUGCCCCGUCACCCCUGUAAACGUCUUUCAUGCGGUUCAAUUAUUCAUGAAACCCGGAACGAAUGAUUCCUUCACGCCUACUAUCCCCCACAUCCACGAUCUGAGCGACGCUUGUCCCCCUGUUGUCCGCGUUCGCUAAUGUUCCCAUUGUUUAUUUUUCGAGCCGCCCUUCUAGCUUACGAUCUCUGUUGCGAACAGACACUUCUCCUCUUCCUACACCUCACCCAUCCCCUAUCCCCUAUUCGUGAUUCCUUCAACCGACCUCGACCUCUAUUCCCACAUACCAUCCCGAACGAUCAUCCUUUU